AUCGCGGAUUAUGGAGUUAUGCAAGAUGGCGUACGUCGCUAACCCCCUAUGCUUUUGCUCUGUCAGCUUCAUUUUAUCCCUGCCUUAACAAGCUAAGCUUAACUCCCCUCUGAAAGUAUGGUCGGAAAGUCUCAAUCUUUCGCCUGUGAUGCUUUCGACACUGCUGAGCUUAGUUGUGCUUGUGCUCGGUCUGAUGCUGUGUCAUAAGUGGAACCCCUUCCUCGGAAGUGUAGUAUGUAGUUUAAUAGCUUUCUACGGCAUCAAGAAGGUGCUGCAAGGAAAGCUAGACAGCGUGAUUGAAAAGUUUUCCGGAAGGAGCGCCACGAAAUGUCGGCUGCCGGAGAACGCUUUUAUUCUGCCGGACAACGCCGUGAAAUUUAUGAGCCACCUUUACGGUGUACUCACAGGCAAGGAGCCUUCAGGCACGGAGUCGCAAAUGGGCCCCACCUGUCUCACCUUGUCUUCUCGAGGCGAAGACGGCGACGCAGAGCGUCACUGUCCGUCGGACUACGUUACCGCAGAGGUGAAGGCUUUUGUAGACAACAUAAAGACCCACUACAUAGACUCCUGGUACGCCGCCGUGAGCAGCAAUCAGGAUUUUCCGAAGGAGCUCGAGUACAUUAUCGAAGAUGUGUUGCGGGCACUUUACCUGCGACUCGGUUCCCUGGACGUGUGUAGCCUGCUAGAGAAAAUGUUGCCCGUGGCUCAAGCUCACUAUAGAAAAUACAGGGCGUGCCUCUCGGCCGUGGAACGCGCCAAGAACAGCUGCAACGAAUCGUGCGAAGCGAUGCGGCGCGAAGCUAUCAGGCGGCGAUUUCAAUUCAAACACAUUGCCUUCGAGAGCGAAGCCUCGGAGCAGCAAUAUUUGAGAGGAAUCACUUCGGUGUUGGUGAAGCUCCUAGAGCCACCUCACCUGCUCGCCAGUCCGGCAACAAAUGCGCUUGUGGUGGACAUCCUCACCAACAACGUGCUCGCCCGUGGUGUCGACCUUUUGUGCACGCCCGAAUGGCUAAAUUGGGCGUUGCUUUUUCUACUUUCAAUGGAAGAAGACGAGGAAAUACUUUCCAUGAACAACUGUGAUGUGGCGGAUCAGCAUACCGAUCAGAGCAGCGUAGAGUGUGGUGAUGGCGACUGUCUGUGCAAGGCAAAACAGGAGCCUUCAAGUGCGGACGCGUGGGCUACCACAGAGAGUGCAAGUACUGCCCAGUCUUCCAGUAUCAAACAGGAUGAGCGAUCUAUGUUGCCUUAUAGAGAAUAUAGCUCAUCCAGUCUCAGUUCAGCCAAAGGGAGCGAGUACCUGACUCUCCCAGCUGUUUAUGUUGGUACGCAUGACCACUCAAUAAAAAUCUUUAGUGCCAAGGAUGUAGAAAAAGCUGUUGAAGCAGAAGUUUUCUUGGGGUCGUUGGUGUUCUCGGAUAUCAGCAUAAUACGCACAGAGUCAAGGUCUGUGCCUGGAAAAGGAGUUCACACUGUUUACUGCAUCAGGUAUGAAGUUCGCAAGCACAGCGAUGACACAGCAGCACCCACGACUGAAGUCCGCAAAGUAUGGAGAAGGUUCAGAGAAUUUCUGGAACUGCAAGGAAACCUUGAAAGCAACCCACAGUUGAGAAAGCACCUGAAAGGAAUUCGUGGCCCCAGCCGUGGAUUGGGGAGCAUGUUAUCAGACAAGAAGAAUGUCCAGGAGCGGCUUGUAUUUCUGCAGCACUAUUUAAAGCUUCUCUGUAGUCGCGAAGCUAUUGUAAACAGCGAGGAGUUUCACAAGUUCCUAGACUUUUCUGACGAAACAGAGGAGCAACAGGGGACUCCAAUGCGACGACAGACUUCGUCGAGUCGUUUAGACAGAGUCUUGAAGCAAGGAGUCAAGAGCACGUUGGAACUGCUCAAGACUGCUCUUCCUGGAGAUGAUCACAGUUCCUUAAGCCCGCUCUCACCUCUGGAAGGCAGCAUGGUGUUGAUGUCCGACUAUCUACCCAGUGAUCUCGAGUACUCGUUUGCUGAAGACAACCACUCUCAGCAGCUGCAGCAGUGUAUGUUCAAUUUCAUCGACAACUUUGACCAGGCAUCAUCACCAGAAUUCUCGCCGCCGCUCACCCCGAGCUUUUUACCGCUGCCCCAGGACCGGUCACCGAGCACUGUGUCAUACAAGAGCACCCAGGAAGUGCUGACGCCCGAGGUCCACUUCCCGCCAACGGAGGAAGACGUUGUGCCAUUGUGGCGGGGCAAUGUUCCACAGACGCCGAUGGAGCGGGUCGCAGAGUCCCUCCAUUUAGACAUUCCGCUCUUUGCUUCAGCAGUUGACUUUGUAGCAGACUCUCUCGAAGAUGGCCAUGUCUGCAAGUCGGCUAAGCUCGUCCUGUUUGUCGAACUCUUAAUAGGCAGGGCACUAGAGACGUCCUUGAGGGAUCAACUAAGUGAAGUCUUUGGGGUGGCCAAUUGCACUUUUUAUUUGCACAGGUUGCACGAACAGUUGUGGGGCUCCGAGGCCAGUGCACAGUUAUUUGGGGAGGCACAGCUUGCUAGGGGCUUGGUAAAGGCUGUGCCUGUUUGGGCACAGCUCGUUUUUGGUGUGGAGAGUGUGUGCAAGGCGGCAAGGACACUCGCCAAGUCCGUACAGAUUCGAGACCUGAACAAAUGUCUAAUUUACCAGUUGUUGGAUAUCCUUGUCGACUCCCUGCUCGCUCAGGACAACUGUGAUGCCAGGCUUGAUGAGAAUGCCUGAUAGAUUUAUGCACUGUUUUCUUUGCAUUCAAUACUAGCUUUAUUGGCCCCAGUGUUAAGCCCUGUAUAAUCUGUGUAUUCUAUUCCAAGCCAUCUAUUUAUUUACUGUUACCUGGACACCUUGUUGUGAUGCUUGUUACAUAUCGUGAGUACACUGUGUACAAUAAAUCUAUCAUUCCAUAGAUGAAA